AUGCCGUUCUCUAACCUGUACCACGGUGGACCUACACAAAUCGCGGCGGAGCACCUCGACGCAGUCAUCGCCGCUACAAUAGAGUUCACAAAUACGGUGACGGACCCCAAGGCUCAGAUGAUGGCGACCUAUCCCAACAGUCAGGGACGAGUCGAAUGUGCGCUAGUUUUGUUCUACGACGGACCUACCGCGCCUGUCGGCAUGUUCGAUGCCUUCCUAGCAUUCCCCAGUAUUCGAAGCGAUAUUAAGACCCGCUCGUUCUUAGACCUCAUCGGGGCAACUCCUACGGGACCUUCGUACGGCUUCCGAGGUAUCUUCAGCGGGUUCAACGUGCUCGACAGUACGCCUAGCCUGCUCAACUUCAUCGUCAAAGAGGCUGAGACCCGCGGCAAGGAGCUUGCAGAAAAGAGCGGCAUCGUGGCUUACGCUGUCACUCCGUUCCAUUCCACCAUCUACUCGCACAACACCCAGACCACCGCCUUCCCACCGGAUCGCAGUGAUAUAUACGACACCGCUCGCGCGAGUGCGAAGACGAUCACGGACGUGACUGUCGCGGAGGGACAGGCCGUUGCUCCUGACACGGCGGUAUACCCGAACAACACCAUGUUUGAUACGCCGCUGGAGAGGAUCUACGGAGACAAUCUUUCAGCGCUUCGCGCGUUGAAGCGCAGGGUUGACCCUCUGAACGCAAUGGGUCUUGCUGGCAGUUCCAAAUUCUAA